AUGGCGCCAGCAGCAAUCGUUCCUGAAAUCGUCGACGUCGCUCCUCCGACGAAGAUCGACUCGUUGGGUCUGCCAGGCCCAGCGAGAGCCAGGUUGGAAAAGGCUGGUAUUGAUCUAUCCCAAGGAUAUCCUUACCGGCCCGCCCGCCCACUCUACCUCCAAGACGUCUACGCCAUCCGCGACUACGACCGCGAGUUCAUUGACCCAGGCAGCAGAGCCGACAAAUCCAAAAAAGCCCUCUUCUCCGCCGCAAAAGAAGUCAAACACCUAACCGCCCACAUCGGCACCGAACUCGUCGGCGUCCAACUCAAAGACCUCACCGACCAGCAACGAGACGAACUCGCCCUCCUCAUCGCCGAACGCAGCGUCGUUUUCCUCCGCGACCAAGACCUCUCCCCCCAACAACAGCUCGAACUCGGCGCCUACUUCGGCGAGGUCGAAGUCCACCCGCAAGUCCCCCACGUCCCCGGCCUGCCAGGUACGACAGUAAUGUGGCCCGCCCUCGCCACAAAAGAACGCCCGGCCUCCUUCCGCCAACCCCUCGGCACCCAGAACUGGCAUACCGACCUCGUCCACGAACGCCAACCCGCCGGCUACACCCACCUGCACAACGACACCGCCCCGACUAUCGGCGGCGACACGCUCUGGUCCUCCGGCUACGCCGCCUACGAGAAACUCUCCCCGGCCUUCCGCGCCAUCAUCGACGGCCGCACCGCAAUCUACCGCUCCGCCCACGCCUACCUCGACCGCAACGACCCCACCGCCGGCCCCAAGUACAUCGAGCGCGAACACCCGAUGGUCCGCGUGCAUCCCGCCACGGGCUGGAAGGCGCUGUACGUGAAUCGCGCGAUGACGGUGAGGAUCGUGGGGCUCGACAAGGGCGAGAGCGAUGCGAUUCUGGAGUAUUUGUAUAAAGUGUAUGAGGGGAAUGUGGAUAUUCAGGUGCGGUUCAAGUGGACGCCGGGCAGUUCGGCGAUUUGGGAUAAUCGUAUCACCAUGCACAACGCCUCGUGGGAUUACGAGGGCGGCGAGCCUCGCCACGGCACUCGAGUCACAUCUCUCGCCGAGAAGCCCUUCUUCAAGGCCGAUGCACCAACGAGGAGACAGGCUUUGGGAUUGGCCGGUCCAGAGGAUUAG